AUGAAAGUGCUCGAUCCUCAAGCAGCAUUGCUCACUACACCAGAAGUGCAUCAGUUCCUGAGCAGUAAUCCUCCUCGACCGAAGCAGCAGAAGAUUGGCACCUACAAACCAGUUGACCUAAACAACUACAAUGUCGUUCGGGAUGAUUUUCAACACUACGUUACAACGACGGUCCCAUACAUCUCCGCGAUCUCCAAUCCUGAGGCUUUUAUCCAAAGCAUUGUACCCAAACUCCGUCGACUAGGUUUGACCAAGACCGAAGCCCUGAUGCUCAUCAACCUGGGCGUGGGAACACAAAGAAGCGGAAGCCAGCAGCUGAAUUCUGGUGCGGCUGCUCCGUCUGUCAAUGGAGAUGGCAUGGCACACGACGAAGAUAUGGCUGAAGAGGAACCGGAGCAAGAUGAUCGACAACUACUCUCACUUGUGAUCGAGGAGCUGGAUGAGAGAUUUCCUGGUGAUGAAGGGUCGGCCAAAAUCGACAACAUUCUGCAGGUCAUGAAAGAUUCUUACAACACUGCAAGAACGAUCAAUGGAGUUGCGCAUCCGUCGAAUGGGACAUCGAAAACAUGA